AUGUCCCUGAUCAGAGCUGGACCCAGGGUGUUGGCAGAGACCAGAACGGUUCCACAAGAGGCCGAGGUUCUGGAUGAAGUGAAGGUUGUGAGCCGAGCAGGAACCUGGAGGACCCGGCUCCCCGGACAACCCGGCUCCCCCCGGAGGACCCGGCUCCCCCUGGAGGACCCGGCUCCCCCCGGAGGACCCGGCUCCCCAGACAACCCGGCUCCCCCCGGAGGACCCGGCUCCCCCCGGAGGACCCGGCUCCCCCCGGAGGACCCGGCUCCCCCCGGAGGACCCGGCUCCCCCCGGAGGACCCGGCUCCCCCUGGAGGACCUGGCUCCCGCAGCACGCCGUUCUGAUGUCUGCAGUUUCUUCUCUUCGUCUCCAGAUGCUUUAGAUUACACUGAGAAGUGGUUGGAGGACACAGUGAGACACCUGAGAGCAGGAGGCGGAGCAGCAGGUGCAGCAGGUGCAGCAGCGUCCUGCCCCCCCCCAUUGUCCCCGCUCCACGUCCACAACCAGGCCUACCUCCUGCUGCUGAAGUGGGACCACGAAUCCGUCCCCUUCCCUGAGACGGUGUUGAUGGACCAGGUCCGGUUCCGGCAGAUGCAGCAGGAGGUGGAGCGUCUGGUCCUGCUGUCCUCGGUCCUCCUGCUGGUCUCGUCCUCGCUGGGGGACGAGCUGAGCAGCCGGCCGGGACUGAUGGAGAACAUGAAGACCACCGUCAGCGUCCUGCUGGAGGAGCUGCACACCCCGGGCUUCAACCUGGAGGAGGCGCUGCUGAGCAUCGGGCAUCGUGUGUGUGAGGACCUGCGGGGUUCUGGUUCCUCCGGGUCCUCCGGGUUCUCCGGGUUCUCGGAGCAGGGGGCGGAGCUUCUGCGGGGGCGGAUCUCGGCCUGCAGCCGUCCGGAGAACACCGUCCGUCAGCUGAUGGACUCGCGGGUCCAGGUCUUCCUCCUGGGCUCCCUGGAGACCCGGGCCCCGCCCCCCCUCCCCGGAGGCCUGGCGCCGGUGGGCAGGGAGCUGCAGGAGCUGGCGGUCCGCUUCAGCCGCCUGGUCAACUUCAACAAGCUGGUCUUCUCCCCGUUCUACCAGCGGAUCCUGCAGAGCCUGCUCCGGCCGGGGACCUGAACCAGACCCCCCCAGACCCGCCCAGACCCCAGACCCGCCCAGACCCGCCCAGACCCGCCCAGACCCGCCCAGACCCGCCCAGACUCACCCAGACCUGCCCAGA